GAGAGAGGAAGAGAGAGAGAGGGAGGGAGGCUUGAGAGCCAGAUAACUUUUUCCAGACGUGACCAGCUAGCCAACUGGCUACUUGUGCUAGCGUUAGUUAGACACGGCAGAGAAAUAAGGACACCCAUGAAUAAACAUUAAACAUUGAGCGACUCUGGACCAUGCUCUGACACGCUCACACAAUAGUAUCUCCCUCCUUUUUGUUAUUUUUUGCAAGGACAAAAGCUAACUAACUGUAGUAGCCUACUGUAACGCGUUUUUCUGCUAACGGCUGAGUCGACAACAUUUUUGAAUGGACAUAAUUUAGCAAUCAUCUUUUGGCUUGCUUGUUCCAUUUGUUUAACUUUCCUACUUUAUUCUCCAAUCAAUGCUUGUCCGUUCCCACGGAAAGCAUAAGACCCCCGAAGCUGACGUGAGUCGGUGCUGUGAAAGCCUUGCGAUGAAUCCCAGAUAACACUCCAGCUUCCACCGCCCCGUCCCUUCUAGACCCUGUCUCCCCCACCUCACCCCAUCUCUCUUAUCACCCAAAAUGGCCGACCCAUCAGAUCUUGUGUCCGACGGGGCCGUGCCUGAUGAGCCGAGUAACCCCUGUCUCCUGGAGAUCGAGAGGAAGUAUGAGAUCAUCCCUGCUGUCAUCUGCUCUAUGUGCUGCCUGUUCGGCAUCAUCUACUGCUUCUUCGGCUACCGCUGCUUCAAGGCGGUCAUGUUCCUGUCCGGCCUGAUGUUCGGCUCGGUCAUCAUCUUCCUGCUGUGCCAUAAGGAGCGGGUGCUGGACACCCAGCUGAGUGUGGAGGCCAGUGCGGGCAUCGGCCUGGGCAUCGGCCUGCUCUGCGGUCUGGUCACCAUGCUGGUGCGCAGCGUUGGCCUCUUCAUGACCGGCCUGCUGCUGGGCCUGCUGCUCGCUCUCUCCGCCCUGUUGGUGACGCACCAGUUCUACACGCCCACCACUGUCUGGGUGCCCCUCGGCACUCUGCUAGGAACGGGCAUGCUGUGUGCCGUGCUGACCCUCCAGUGGCAGCGCCUCUUCACCAUCCUCUCCACGGCCGUGUUCGGCGCCGCCAUCAUGACCGUCUGCGCCGACUACUUUGUGGAGAUGCUGGCGCUGGCCACGCACGUGUACGACUGCCUGCGGCUGGAGCCGGCGCCGCAGCCACUCUGCUGGUACAGCUGGGUCAUCCUGGGCAUCUGGCCCACGCUAAGCCUCAUGGGAGUACUGGUGCAGUGGAAGCUCACGGCCGAGGGCUUCUCCCAUACGGAAGUCAUCAUCAGCAGGAGGCAGAAGAGGGUGCAGCUUAUGCGCAUCAGGCAGAAGGACGCCAAGAAGCGGCAGCAGAGCGGUGGCCAGGAGGGCACGUACCGCCGAAAGCCCACGCCUGUCAAGCGCUACGCCGGAGACUUACUCGCACCGAGCUACUUACAAAGUCUGCGGGAUCGUCAGAUGGGCACAGGGAACUCUCUCAGCAGCCUUGGCACUGGCAACCACACCAUGAUCGACUUUGACUAUGAGACGGGUUCCACCGUACCCCUCACAGCCACCACGCCCGUUAUCCGCGUCUGAUUGGACAGAAAGGAAGGGGGUUCCUCUGAAGGCCACGCCCCUCCUUCCUUUGUCCAACACGUGCUCUUCACUUCCCAAGUCUUGACUCACUCUGUCCUGGAAACACCCUUUAGAAAAGAAAAAUAUCACCACAUCAAAAAUGCUGUCUUUAACAUUGCAGACUGGAAGAAGAAAAAAAAACGGAUCUGGCUGGUUACCAUUCAGUUGCUUCAACACACCAUCUCAGUUAAUUUUGCUGUUUAAUUGGGAGCUGAAUGCAAGAUCCACAUCUGGCUCUUUCAGUCCAUCAUCACCACCGUCAGUAUCCAGACUGUGUGAUCCACUUCCUGAGCUGAGUCAGUGGGAACUGUGGACUGGGUUUUUUUUUUGCGAGAGCCAUGGAGUAUUAGACUGAAGAGAGGAGAGGACUGACAUUUGCAGGGCAGCUCCCCUGGCUGUUAGCGGCUGACGUGUGAUGUGUCAGUUUGAACCACUCUGUGAACAAACCCGGCCUAUGUUUUUUUAGGCCACAAGAUGCAGCGAGUCUAUGUGAAAACAAAAGUGUGUGUGUGUAAUUGAUUGUGUGUCUGGUUGAGUGAAUGGUUUUAGAAUGGCUGGUUUGUGUCUGUUUUAUAAGAGGAUGGGACUUUCAUAUUCAUAAGCAGCAUCCUAAAUGCAUUGGAAAUGCAGUGAAAAUAACCACACAUUGAAUUGCCAGAAUGGCACAAAGUGAUGUUUUUGUCUCUCUACACACCUUGAACUUCCUUGACAAACAACUAAACUAGUUGUUUUUGGAACUUUUCAUGAAGGAAAUGAUGUCUUGGACAUCUGUCAGCUUGAGAGUGUGCUUUUCUUCCCAGAUUUUUGGAUUUUUGGAUUCUGGAUUCUUAAAAGCUUGCGCUGGUGCUUCAGUAUCAGUAAUGAGAAAUGAGCAGUGCACGGACUGAUGAAGGCGUCCUCACUAGUGCCCGUUUAAUAGUGUGUGCGUUUGCAGCCUGUGUCUGUACGCACGGAAAUUUGUCCAGUAAUUUGUAUGUGACUGUUAAACUCAGUGAAACACCUUACAAUAUGAGUGAAGCAGUUACCAUGCGGUCCUCAUUAAUAGAAAACCUCAGGGCUGAGCCUUAGCAGCCAUUUUGUAAAUGCUGGAUCAUUGGUAACAUAGUUAAGGCUGGACAUUUUAAUGAGAUAAACACUAGCUAGCAUACACAACAUUAGCUAGCAUGUAUUGUAGGUUUAGCAGGUUUAACAGCUGUAGCAUUAAGACUGAACAAAAUCUCUGUGGAACCAUAUUAGUUAUUUUGCAUAACUCUUUUUUGCUUGUUGUUAUGUUCUUGCUGCAGUCUUUUAUCAACUAUCAUAGGAAAAAUUAAAGUUAUUUUGUAAUUUAUACAAGUAAUAGUGUUGGGAAAUCUCGUCAGUGAAAAAGAGCUACAGCAUGGGUCUGAAUAUUGUAGAUUACUAAAGCAUGUUGUGUGUUGUUUUUAUUUUAUUUUACUUUAUUCUAUUUUAAUUUGUAUAAAAAAAUACAUGGAGCUUGCUCCCAUAACUGUCCCAAAUCUGUACAGAAAUGUUCAUAGGAAAAGUUAAAGAAAAACCUUUGAUGAAACAAGA